AUGAGUGGGCCCACCGCGGGGCCUAACUCUUCAUCCACUUCAGCAACCUCCUCUACUGGUGGCCCCGUUGGCUCCGACUCCCCACCCUCCAACAUCAGCGCGAUCGUCGGGGGAGUCGUCGGUGGUACCGUGCUCCUCGUGGGGCUUUCCGUCGUCUUCUUCAUCUUACGUCGCCGCCAGCGCGUCGGCAAUGCGGCGCGCGCCGCGCUUGCAACCACCGCCACUGGACCGCAGAGCACAACGACAGAGUCGAGCUUCUGGGGCGUGCACUCGCCUACGCUGAAGAGCGACGACACCGGGCGGUACCUCUACAACCCGGACGACCCGAGGACGUUCCCACCGUCGUACAUGCGUAUAUACACUGCCGGACCCCUUCAAGCCUUCAUCACUCGCGCACUCUCCGCCAUGACCAAACUCAUCGCCGUCUGCGAUGCAACAGGAAACCAACGGGGCGCCGUCGCUAAACUACUCGUCCAACAUCCGUCCGAGUACAGCGUCUCCGCCGCGCUGGCUGGAUGCUGGGGCGUCUUCGGGGUCACCAAUUUCUACGAUACGAAGAUUAAGGACGACCCGGGGAGCGAGGAGCGGCAGGGGAAGAACCUUGUCGAUGCCGCGCUCGAGCACGGGCUGGAGUGCUUCGUGUGGAGCACGCUGCCCAGCUCCGAUAAGCCCUCGGGUGGCCGGUUUGUGUCUCGUAUCUAUGAAGGGAAGCACCGGGUCGAUGAUUAUAUGUGCAAGACGGGACGGCCGGGGACAUUCAUAUACACGGGCAACUUCUACGAGAACAUGAUCUUCCGCUUGUACGUCAAGUACGACGAAGGGCAAGACCGCGUGGAGUUCACUCAGGCGAUCAUUAACGAGGACACCAAGCUUGCCAUGCUCUAUGUGCAGAAAGACCUCUCGGCGGUUACGAAAGCUGUUUUCGACAAUUGGGAUACACACCGAGGGGUGUUGAACCAUCAGUAUCUUGACGGGCAAGAACACGUCCUACCGCACUCUCGAAUCGACUGGGGUCCCGGACCGUGA